CCAAGAAAUUUUCAACUACUUUUUAUGGGGGGAAACACCCCUUUAAAGAUGAGGGCAAGCUCAUUUUUAACCCACCACACAGGGUGAAUACUGAAGAGGAUACAGGGUGAAUACUAAAGAGGAUACAGGGUGAAUACUAAAGAGGAUACAGGGUGAAUACUGAAGAGAAUACAGGGUGAAUACUGAAGAGGAUACAGGAUGAUACUGAAAAGGAUACGGGAUGAACAGUGAAGAGGAUACAAGGUGAAUACUAAAGAGGAUACAGGGUGAAUACUAAAGAGGAUACAGGGUGAAUACUAAAGAGGAUACAGGGUGAAUACUAAAGAGGAUACAGGGUGAAUACUGAAGAGAAUACAGGGUGAAUACUGAGGAGGAUACAGGGUGAAUACUGAAGAGGAUACGGGAUGAAUAAUUGAGAGGAUAAAGAGUGAAUACUAAAGAGGAUACAGGGUGAAUACUAAAUAGGAUACAGAGUGAAUACUAAAGAGGAUACAGGGUGAAUACUGAAGAGAAUACAGGGUGAAUACUGAAGAGGAUACAGGGUGAAUACUGAAGAGGAUACGGGAUGAACAGUUAAGAGGAUACAGGGUGAAUACUAAAGAGGAUAAAAAAGUGAAUAUUAAAGAGGAUACAGGGUGAAUACUAAAGAGGAUACAGGGUGAAUACUGAAGAGGAUACAGGGUGAAUACUAAAGAGGAUACAGGGUGAAUACUAAAGAGGAUACAGGGUGAAUACUGAAGAGGAUACAGGGUGAAAACGGAAGAUUAAGACAGGGUGAAUACUGAAGAGGAUACAGAGUGAAGACUAAAAAGGAUACAGGAAUUUCUGAAAAGUAGAUUCAGGGCCCAUUGGUUGUGCCUGUACCCCAUCCGUUGGUUGGCUUUAUGGUAUGAAGGGUAUAGGACGGGCUGGGACAAUGAGUAUUUGGGCGGACCAGGCCGGCAGGAUGUGGGCUGUGGCCCUGGUUGUGUUGCCUGUGUAAAUAUACCUGGAAACAGAGCCUGGAUAUUACAGAAAAUGUUUUGCUCCAGGCUGUGACGAGAUAAUAUAAAGAAAAUGUUUAUUUGUUUACUUUUUGCUUUAUUUACGAGUGCAUACGCCCAGUCUAACGCAGAGAGAUAUUGGUUAGACAGUCCUUACAAUCUGUGUAGACAGCCUUUGUAUGACAGGUCGAAUGUUACAGCUAGCUCGGAGUGGAAUGGCAGAACAGCUAAGGAUGCUUGGCUUCACUCCGGGAGCGCCUGGAGCGCCAAGGAGUCCGACUUCAGUCAGUACAUCAUGUUCGACCUUGGCAAGGUCAUGAACAUUACAACAAUAGUCACACAGGGACGAUCUCACACGGACGAUUAUGUUGAGGAGUUCAGAAUUCAGUACGGAACAAACGGACGAGAUUUUACGGACUAUAAGGAGGUGGACGGAUCGGCCAAACUUUUCGACGGAAAUAUCGACGGUUUUGCUGAGAAAAGGAAUGUGUUUGAACAACCUAUAAUUGCACAGUGGAUAAAAAUUAACCCUACUAGGUGGGCAGAUAAAAUUGCCAUGAGAGUUGAGCUCUAUGGUUGUGAUUACAGCUCUGAUGUUCUGUUUUUCGAUGGUGCUUCCAUGUUGAGGAGAGAACUGAAAAAUGAUCCCAUAUCCUCCAGGAGAGAUCUCAUCAGGUUUAGGUUUAAAACAAACAAGGAGAACGGAGUCUUGUUGUACUCCAGGGGUACUCAGGAAGACUACCUAGCCCUGCAGCUGGUGGAGAACAGACUUCUGCUCAAUAUUAACCUCGGAGCUACCCGGGGGAGUACCAUGGAGGGAACAGAAACCUCCCUCACCCUCGGCUCCCUCCUGGAUGAUAACGUGUACCACGAGAUCUACAUCUCCAGGGAGAGAAGGGAUAUAAUCCUUUCCGUAGACAGGGUUCAGAUCAGAGAUAGGAUUAAUGGUGAGUUUAACAAGUUAGACCUGGACGGAAACCUUUAUAUCGGCGGUGUACCGUUCGUCCAGCGAGGUCUGGUAGUCUACGACAAUUUCACCGGUUGCAUCGAGAACUUGUACCUCAACCACACAAACGUGAUUGCAUCCUUCCAGGAUAAGCUUGGCAACUACGACAAGAACAAUUAUGUUAAGUACGAGAAUAUUGGAAACGUGAACAGGGUGUGUCAGAGAGAUUAUUUAACCAUCCCAGUCACAUUUAAAUCUGCGGACUCAUUCGUCAAGCAGAUUGGAUUCGAAGGAGCUUACAAUUUCAACAUCUCACUCGAGUUCAGAACCUUCGAGCAGUCCGGUAUGCUGGUCUAUCACAGGUUCAGCUCCGAGGGUUACAUAAAGCUAUUCAUGGAGCACGCGAGGAUCAAGGUUCAGAUCGUCUCGAAGAACAUGCCGGAGGUUGUUAUCGACAACUUCGACCAGACCUUCAAUGACGGUAUCUGGCAUCAGAUUGACCUCUCUAUGGGGAAAAAUCAAGCGAUUAUUUCUGUGGAUAAAACUACGAUGGUGACCACUAGGCUAAUGGAGGUCAGGACGGGAGCUUACUAUAUGAUAGGUAGGUCAAAUGUCUUAUUUAUUCAAUUCCCAUUUUAACCUCAANUUAUAGACAGUUGUCAGAUGCAUGAUAGGUGUAAUCCGAACCCCUGCGAGCACGGUGGGAUCUGCAAACAGAACUCGGAUGAUUUCUACUGCGAGUGCGAGCACACUGGAUAUGCAGGUGCUGUGUGCCACACCUCCCUUAACUGGAUGUCCUGUAUACAGUUCCAGAACGCCCACCCAGAGAGUAGAUACACAGAAACUAUCAUAGAUAUAGAUGGAAGUGGUCCUAUCCCUCCUGUCCCUGUAACCUGUGAGUUCCUCCCUGAUGGUAGAAACCUGACAUACAUCGCUCACGAACAGAUGGAGUCGACAAAGGUUGACGGGUUCGAAGAUAAAGGAUCAUACUACGAACCAAUCCAGUAUCAUGCUCCGAAUGAUAUGAUUGAAACCUUGAUAAACCGAUCCUCCUCCUGUAUUCAGAAACUAGGAUACGACUGUAAACGAUCUCGGCUUCUCAAUACCCCAGUUUCUGAAAGUCAGACUUUUGAACCGUUUGGUUGGUGGGUGUCAAGACAAAACAUGAAAAUGGAUUAUUGGGCUGGAUCUUUACCUGGAUCAAGGAAAUGUGAAUGUGGUCUAUACGGAGAUUGUUUUGACCCCGACAUGUGGUGCAACUGUGACAGUGGGCACGACGAUUGGUUAUACGAUGGCGGAGAACUCAAGGAGAAAGAGUAUCUUCCGGUAAAAUCCUUGUACUUCGGAGACACCGGUACUCCGGUAGACAGGAAGGAAGGAAGAUACAACCUCGGACCCCUCGAAUGCAACGGAGAUGUGCUCUUCGAAAACUCGAUUACUUUCCGCAAGAUCGACGCUGUGAUCGAGCUGCCAACCUUCGAAAUGGGAAUCACGAGUGGUGAUAUUUUCUUCGAGUUUAAAACCAGUCUGGAGCGUCCCAUGGUCCUCCUUCACUCUAUCGGAGAUUAUGGAGAUUUUAUUAAAGUGAGUUUAAUCUCCGGAGAUUCAAUUCAGUUUGAGUUCUCCGCUGGUAAAGGAGUUCAGGGAGUAACCGUGGAAACGUCCUACAGGCUCGACGAUAACACCUGGCACUCGGUCCUCAUUGAGAAGAACAGGAAAGAGGCCAUGGUUGUGAUUGACGGUGCUCAGAAAACUCAUCUUCCCGAACCCGUUGGUCCUGUUCGUCCCUUCAAACUAACCAGUAGUCUGUAUGUUGGAGCUACCAAGGAGUGGACUGAUGGAUUUGUAGGAUGUAUGCGUGCUCUAGUUCUCAACGGAGUCCCAGUGGACCUAGUGAGAGAGGUUACUAAGAACCCCUGGGGGCUCUACGGGGUUCAUCUCGGAUGUACUGGGAAGUGUCACAUUAAUCCUUGUAAGAACGGAGGAGAAUGUGUGGAAGGAUAUGAUUCAUUCAAGUGUAACUGUAGGUGGACACCCUUCAAGGGUCCUAUCUGUGCUGACGAGAUUGGAGUUAAUAUGAGAACCAACUACAUGAUCAAAUACGACUUCAAAGGAAAAUAUAAAUCAACAAUUGGUGAAAGAAUCCAUGUUGGGUUCACUACUACAGAUCCCAAGGGUUUCCUGGUCGGACUGGAGUCUCAUAUUAGUAAAGAGUAUCUUACCCUCAUGGUCUCAAACUCUGGGCAUAUUAGGCUUGUUUUUGAUUUUGGGUUCGAAAGACAGGAAAUGGUUUUUACGGAACAGAACUUUAUGACUGGACAGUAUCAUGAUGUUCUUAUAGAACGAUAUAACGAGGGUAGAAACCUAAGAAUGACGAUUGACAACUAUGCUCCGCAAGAAUAUGAUUUCUCCACCUCCCUGAAAGCCUCUGCAGACGCGCAGUUUGACAAUAUCCAGUAUCUGUAUAUCGGGAAGAACGAGAGUAUGACGGAAGGUUUUGUCGGAUGUAUCUCCAGGGUUGAGUUUGAUGAGAUUAUCCCUCUUAAACUCUACUUCCAGGAAGAUGCUCAUGAUAAUAUAAACUCUCUUCCUGAAACCAUUACAGAUGAUUUCUGUGGCAUUGAGCCUGCAACAUUGAGACCAGAGGAGGAGGAGACAAGACGACCUCCAGAUGUUGAUCAGGAGGCUAUUAAACAUUUUUACAGUAACACCAGCUCAAUUAUCCUCGGUGUCGUCCUCUCCAUCCUCUUCGCCCUCAUCUUGUUCGUGUGCAUGGCGACCGGGAAGUACAUCAACCGACAUAAAGGAGAUUAUUAUACUCAAGAAGAUGAUGGAGCUCAUGAUGCAUUUGAUGCUGACACUGCUGUUCUUCAAGGGAAAACAGGUCACCAGGUUCACAAGAAGAAGGAGUGGUUCAUUUAAAUAAUUUUAUAGUUUUUUACAAAUAUCCUCUGGUUCUGCCAGUUGGACAAGAAUUGCCAGUGAAAGAUAUUUUACAAAGCAUAUCAUGUACAAACAUUCCAUUAUACACGUCACGUGUCAAGAAACGAAACUCAAACUCAAAAUAUUACUCCGUCCGAACACGUGUUUUGUUAUAGAACGCAAUUUCUUUGUAUGAUGUAUCUACUUGAAUAUAUGUAAAUAUUAUAUUUUUAAUAAACGCAUUAUUAUGUUCGUAA